GAAGACUCCUGGCUGCUCCGAGCAGGGUGGGGGUGGGAUUUUGCUUUUCUGGGCCUCCUCCCCGAUGAAUAGCGGGAUUGUGGCUGGGGCAGCAGGCGCUGAGUGGGGAACUGAUGUUUCAGGUGCCAGUGACCUUCGAGGAGGUGGCUGUGUAUUUCACCCAGGGACAGGGGGCUCUGCUGGACCCCGCUCAGAGAGCCCUCUACAGGGACGUCAUGCAGGAGAAUUAUGAGACAGUGACAUCGCUGGGAUUCCCCAUUCCCAAACCUGACUUGAUUGCCCAGCUGGAAAGAGGGGAAGAGCCGUGGGUCCCGGAUCUCCAAGCCACUGAGAAAAGAGAGAGCCCAAGAGGCACCCGCACAGCAGGUGAUAAGACAGUGAAUGAGAAAAAGGAGGAGAAUCAGCAGCAGGAAGGUCCUGAGAAAGUGGAACCACAGGAGAGGUUUUUGAGAAGAGCCGAAGGGAAUUUUUCCCAGUGCUUGGAGCAGGGAAAUGCCUGGGGAGAUCAACACAGAUCAGAAAUGCAGCUGGGAAACUACCCCUGGAAGAAACUGGAUAAAUCCACUGAACGUGGCGGAGGAUGUAAGGCUCCCAAGGAAACCACAGUGCAGCAGACAAGUCACAAUGAAGAGAAACCCUGCAAAUGUCUUGACUGCGGGAAAAGAUUCAGUUUCAGUGCAGGCCUUCUUACACAUCAGAAAACCCACACAGGAGAGAAGCCCUAUGAAUGCUUGGACUCUGAAAAAAUCUUAAUUCAGAAGUCACAACUUAUUAUACACGAGAGAGUGCACACAGCACAGAGACCCUUUAAAUGCUAUGAGUGUGGGAACAGUUUUAGUCAGAGUGCAACGCUUAUUACACAUCAGCGAACCCACACAGGAGAGAGACCUUAUAAAUGCCUUGAGUGUGGGAAAGGUUUUAGUCAGAGUGCAACACUUAUUACACAUGAGAGAAUCCACACUGGAGAGAGACCCUAUGAAUGCUUUGAGUGUGGGAAAGGUUUUAGUCAGAGCUCAGCACUUUUAACUCAUGAGAGAACCCACACAGGAGAGAGACCCUAUAAAUGCCUUGAGUGUGGGAAAGGUUUUAUUGCAAGUUCAGCCCUUACUAAUCAUAUCAGAAUCCACACAGGAGAAAAACCCUAUAAAUGCCCUGAGUGUGGGACAAGUUUCAAUUUGAAAUCAACCCUUACAACACAUCAGAAAACCCACACAGGAGAGAAACCGCAUGAAUGCUUGGACUGUGGGAAAACUUUCCGUUUCAAAUCAAACCUUAAUGCACAUGAGAAAACCCACACAGGAGAGAAACCCCAUAAAUGCCUGGACUGUGGGAAAACUUUCUGUCUGCGCUCAUACCUUAUUAAACAUGGGAGAAUCCACACAGGAGGGAGACCUUAUAAAUGCCUUGACUGUGGGAAAAGCUUCAGUAAGAGCUCAGAGCUGACCAAACAUCAGAGAAGCCACAAGGGUGAGAGACCCCAGAAGUAGCUUGGUUACAGGAAAAGAUUCAAUUUGACUUCACACUUCGGUGACCCACACAACAGAGACACCUUGAAUGUUGAGGAAGGUUGAUUUGGUGCUCCCGGAGUAUCAGGCAUCUGCAAAUCCACACAAGGAAGAGACCUCUGAGAUGUUCUCAGUGUGGAAAAUGCUCCAAGAGGCGCUAACACUGUGUUGGACAUCAGAGACUCCCCCACACAGCAGGGAAAUUCUCUCAGGGCCCCGACUGGGGCCAGCCAUGGGAACAAACCCAUUUCCUCGUUCCCUCGCACAUCAGGGGCAUUUGGCUCCCAAGGACCCAGCUGCCCAUUGCUAGGGUGAGGAUCCAGGAGCAGUGGAGCAGCAGCUGGUCAGUGACCCUCUGGCUCUGCCUGGUCUAAGCAAACCCCAGGCAGAGGAGAAGCCCCCAUGUGCCCCUCCUCCCUGCUGCAGCCCUGGCUGCUGAGCUGAUGGGCCACAGGUGGGGGAAGGGAGAGAGAGAAACUCCUCCAGCCGCUCCCUCUGCCUGGCUGAAGUUCCCCCCUCUCCCUUCCCUUCCCAGCCAGGAUCCCCCUGCCAUGGAGAUGAGGAGAAGGACACUUGUGCCAGGCCCCACUUUCACUCUAGACACUUGUCCCCACCCCUCAUCUUCCACCAGCCCCUGGGGUGGGGUCCCCCACUGACCUGAAGCUGUUCCCUGCAGGGGGAGUGCCCCUGGGGCUGGUUACUCCUCCCGUUCCUGAAUCCCCCAGGGCGCUGGGAUCUGGGGGAUCAACCAUUAAGGGACCAGGGCGAUGGGUUAUGGGGAGGAAACUGGGGAUUGAAUGGUUGCGGCUGGUGGAGCUGGGUGCUGGGGCUAUUGAGUGUUUGGGGAUCAUAGGAUAAGAGGCGAGGGAGAGCAUAGAGGUAGAGAGGUGCUGCCUCUCAUCACUCUCCCCAUCUACCCCUUCUCCCUGCCCCCUCUGCAUUCAGACUGCAGCAUUAGCAGAGACUGAUUUCCACAGGGUCUUUUCUUGGAAGCCUGGAUUUCCCACCUCUGCUACAGCAGCAUCAGCCUCUGAGACAGAAGCAGUGUUGCCUAGUGGAUAGAGCACUGGCCUGGGUCUCAGGAGACCUAAGCUCUGUUCCCAACUCUGCCAGCAGGUUGUGGGGUGACCUGAGACAAAUCUGUGCCUUCCAGAGAGGGAAUAAUUUGGUCGUGAUAAUAUCAUCCUCUGAGUGUCUAUCUAGGGCAGGAAAAGUGGUUGGGAUUAGCUAGUUCAUCUCCUUUGUUCCUCCACCACUUUUUCUAGUCUAGACUGAUCCUGAGCAGUUUAUUCCAAUCCCCCAUCAGCAAAGUGAUUGUUAGAGUCACUAAGUGCCCCCUUUGCACUGAGAUUGUCUCAUUCCGAGACAUCCUCACAUUGCUUCUGGUUAUGCUGAAAAGCAUUUAAUUUUUUGUGCUGUUUCUCCCUUAUACACCAGCAUUCAAUAGAGUCUAAAAAAGUUGGAGCAGGGAUAGUAAAAUAAUGUAGUGUUUUACCUUCUGUGUUGUUUGAUAGGGAUGGGUUGAGUCCAGGGAUUCCCUCCUCACCCAUCAACCUCACACAUCUUCUCUGCCCAAGUCGUGGAGAGUUUAUCCUUUUCCCUUCCUACCCCUCCUCCUUCAUGUGUAUCCUUUCCCACCAUGCUUAGGACUCACACUUUGAUUUCUUUGAUCCUCAAUCAGGCCCCUGAGGGCUGGAGAAGAAAAUGUCACAUUCCUGAAGGGGACAUUCAAGUGAACCCCAAAGCACAGACUGAGCUUAAAUCUGUAGCCCAUAAGGUUACUUUGCUAGCUUGCUAUAUUGCCUAGAGUGCUUUCUUCAUUGAUUUGAUUGGUUAUAUUGUUAUCUUCAGGGCGUUUGGUUUAUACCGGAUCUCAGGAUAUAUUACUCAGAAUAGUUGGCUGGAAUGCAAAGGAGCCUAUAGGCCUGUAUCCUGUAAGAGGAAUUUUAGCUUGAGUCAGUUAGGAUAAGUGAUUGCAACCUUUGGCAUAGAUAAAUGUCCUAUUGGCUACCCCUUUGUCUCUGGGGGAACUGAAUGGAGAAUCACAUGAAGAACCAUAGGCGUCUACCUUAAGUUUGGAACAGACCGGUAACAACAGGGUGCACCGCAG